UGAGAUCAUUUCUGUCUAUACUGGUGCGGCCUACGCUCUCUGGUUUAUUACAAUAUUAGAGUAUAGCACCUCGCUGAUACAGAAAACAACCCCCAGUCGGACUGUCUUGUACUCGACACCAUCAUCAUCAAGACCCAAGAAUACCUCCAGACAAAAUGUCGGACCACCCGAAUCCUAUAUUUACCCAUUACACCUUCGCGGACGCCAUCAAAGAGCUCCCCAUCCUCGCUCUCUUCGCCAAAGCAUCCGAGCUCCAAAACUCCAUCGCCCACCUGCACCGCUCCAAUGAUGAAAUGAAAGCAUUCGUCGCCGAAUCCUGCGACUCGGAAGAGGACAAACGCGAAAUUGAAGACUAUGUAUCAGAGAAUGAGGGUGUUCUCGCAAAGUUCACCGAGCGCAUUGCGUUGUUGAAGGCGGAAGUGGAGAGGCGGGGUCAGCGAUGGAUUGAGGUUGCAAACAUGAAUGGGACGGAUACAAAUAAGGAGAAUGCAGAUGCGCAGCCAUCAGAAGCUCAGCUGGCGAUUAACGGGACCGUCGGCAACGAGGCGCAUCAUAACGAUGCAGACCAAGAGACGGGAAAUAGAGACGCAAGCGCAGGACAAAACGGGAUCUACCUGUGAUUCUCGGUUCACUUGUCCAAUACUUUGGGACCGACUCGUACAUAUCAUUCGCAUGGGCAUCUAGGGAAAAUCGUGUUAUGGAUCAUCAACGAUUUAAAUGGGGGUUAUUGAGUUUCAGCCAAUAAUUAGUCUUGCGUCUGUCUAUUCACUCGCGGUGUUUUGACGAAACUGAAUCGCACAACGUACCUAUCAAAGUCGAAGUGAGCUCGAAGGGUCAUGGUUCAGUUGACGCCGUCGGAUGCUAGAGCUUUACGGCGACUACACAUCAGGAUUCAGCAAAUCACGUUCAAGGGCAAGGCCAAAAAGUCAAGUCAUUUCCACAUUACGCUAUACCUAGCAGAAACAAAGAAACAAAAACAGAGCUUCCAUCCAACGAAGAACCUUCGCCAUAAGGCUAUGCACUAUGUAUCUGACUAGGCUGAAGAACACAAUCAUGCCUAGAUGUAGAUAAUGACGAAAAACAUGCAACCCUGAUCUCAA